AUGGCUCCUGCGGACAAGAGCAAGGCCGCCAAGGCCGCCAAGGCGGUCAAGAAGAGCCAAUUCAAGAAGGCCCGCAAGCCACGCUACAGCGUGGUGUUUCACAGGCCCAAGACACUUGUGCGCAGCCGGGACCCCAAGUUCCCUCGCAUCAGGUACAGCGCUGCAGCCGAGGGCCUCGCGCCAUCCAGGCAGAGGCUGGAUGAGCACUCGGUGAUCAAGUUCCCACUGACCACUGAGUCUGCCAUGAAGAAGAUUGAGGACAACAACACUCUGGUGUUCAUUGUGGAUGUGCGCGCGGACAAGGCGGCCAUCAAGGGUGCAGUGUCGCGGCUGUACGACAUCCAAACCAAGAAGAUUAACACGCUCAUUCGGCCCGAUGGCCAAAAGAAGGCGUACGUGCGGCUGACCCCCGACUAUGAUGCGCUGGACGUGGCCAACAAAAUCGGCAUCAUGAUUUACCUGUAA